UUUUUUUUGUUCCUCUUUUUUUUUUCUUCUUCUUUCUUUUCUUUUCUUUCUUUCUUAUAUUCCCGUCAAUCUUAUCUUCCACCGCCCUCUCUUUGUCUUUCUUGUUCGUUAUAUUGGAUCAUGUCUGCUUUCCGUUUGACCAUUCAACCCCUUCGCUUUACACGUCUUUAUAGUACAGCCAGUUCUUCACGUUUGGCUUCUGUUACAUCUGCUGCCUCUAAUACUAUUCCUCAAGCAACUUCUGCUGCUGCUUUCCAUGCUAGUGGUCCUUUAAGAAAUGAUUGGACUCGUGAAGAAAUUCAAUCUAUCUAUGAUUCUCCCUUCUUGGAACUCAUGUAUUAUGGUGCCAAAACCCACCGUGAGAACUUCAAUCCUCGUGAAGUUCAACAGGCGACAUUAUUAUCUAUCAAGACUGGUGGAUGUACUGAAGAUUGUAAAUAUUGUCCUCAAUCAUCAAGAUACAAGACCAAUGUAGAAGCUCAAAAGAUGUUGGAUGAAAAUGUGAUUUUAGAAGCUGCUCAACGUGCCAAAGAAGCUGGAAGUACAAGAUUCUGUAUGGGUGCUGCUUGGAGAGAUUUAGCUGGUCGUAAAUCCAACUUUAAGAAGAUUGUAGGUCAUGUCAAGGCUAUUCGUGGUAUGGGUAUGGAAGUAUGUUGUACUCUUGGAAUGUUAAAUGAACAACAAGCAAAAGAACUCAAAGAAGCUGGAUUGACGGCAUACAAUCAUAAUUUGGAUACAUCACGCGAAUUUUAUCCCAAGAUUAUUACAACACGUACUUAUGACGAAAGAUUAGAAACAAUCAACAAUGCACAAGAAGCAGGAAUUUCUGUUUGUUCUGGGGGUAUUAUUGGAUUAGGUGAAGAAGAAGAAGAUCGAGUUGGAUUAUUACAUACAUUAUCAACACUUCCUAAACAUCCUGAAAGUGUACCAGUGAAUGCACUUUUAGCUGUAAAGGGAACUCCUUUAGAAAAUCAAGAACCUGUAUCUGUUUUUGAAAUGGUACGUAUGAUCGCUACAGCCCGUAUUGUGAUGCCUCAAUCUAUGGUUCGUCUUUCUGCUGGUCGUGUACGAUUCUCUGUUGCUGAACAAAGUAUGUGUUUUAUGGCUGGUGCCAAUUCUAUCUUUACUGGUGAUAAAUUGUUAACUACACCUAACAAUGAAUUUACUGAUGACAAGAAAAUGUUUGAACUCUUAGGACUUGUACCUAAACCAGCAAAUUUUGAACAAGGUAGUGAUAAACCCAAUCAACCUGUAUAUGAAAAUAAUCAAAAACAAGCUACUGUAGUAUAGAUAUUAUUAUUAUUAUUAUUAUUAUUUUGAUUGAUUGAUAAAUAAAUAUAUAAAGUUUAUAUAGUCA